UUCACCAAAAAAUCUCAAACAAUGGCUCCCUUUGCAAAAUCACUCUCAUUUUUCUUCCUUCUAGUGCUCAUUUUCUCCUCCGAAAAUACUCAAGCUAGAGAGAGCGUGUUCUUCAGCAACGUCACCCACUACAACAACAACAACAAGAAUGUUAACGAGCCAACAAUCAGUACCUCUAUCGCAGAAGUGCCAACACCAGCACUGUCACCGGCAGCAGAGGCACCAGAACUAGCAGACGUGCCGGCACCAGCAGCAGAGGCACCAGAACUAGCAGAUGUGCCGGCACCAGCACCAAGUUACUUGGAGAAAGAGCACCGCCACAAAGGCGCCUUGUACGGCCUUGGCUCGGGCAAAUCCCCCUCCACGGAGAAGACACCAACCACCAUUGAUGGUGAAGAUGAAAUUUUGGCCGAAGAACUAAGCGGUGAAAGCUUUGAUCGCACAGGUAAUUAUGAAAGCACCAACUUGCACAGCAGCAAUGGCUACAAGACCAACUAUGUCAACAACAACAACUACGUUAACGGUAAUGGCUACAAGACCAACUAUGUCAACAACAACAACUACGUUAACGGUAAUGGCUACAAGACCAACUAUGUCAACAACAACAACUACGUUAACGGUAAUGGCUACAAGACCAACUAUGUCAACAACAACAACAACAACAACAACUAUGUUAAUGGUAAUGGCUACAAGACCAACUAUGUCAACAACAACUACAUUAAUGGCAAUGGCUACACAAAAACGAACAAUUACAAGGGCAGCAAUGGCUGGGAAAACCGUGAGAUUAAUGCACAGCAAGGGAUGAGUGACACAAGGUUUUUGGAAAAUGGAAGGUACUAUCAUGAAAAUUACGAAGCAGGGAGAGGAAGCAAUAGAAACUAUGUUCAGAACACCAAUGAGUUCAACACCAUGGAAGAGUAUGAUAAGUACCAGGAGAGACGAGGAUAUGUGCCUUAAUCUAUGUGUUCCAUGUCCAAACAUAAGAGAGAUUUCGAUGUGUUUAGGGAUAAUAUAAGCUAAUUAAUAUAAAAUAUUUUUAUCGUUGUUUUGCAUUUCCAUUUGUGUAUCACAUUUUAUAGUGUGAAAAUUAAAC